AUGUCAACCCCGCUAAAAGCUCUGAUCCAAGAGCGGUUGCGAGCCAAGAUGGUUUGUCGAGGAGCCGAGUAUGACUUGGAUGAUUUCUAUGAGUGUAAUUCAGCAUCUGUGGAUGUCCCAACAAGGCACCUUCAACCUCUUACGGCUCCAGCCAAGGUGACCACAACCGGCAUCGCUAUUCUCGCUACCAUCGCGAGCAGUAUCGUGAUGCGAGUGUUUAUGACCAUUAUCAACAGCACCACCAAAGAGACCAACGCCAACGACAGAAUAAUCACCAUCGUAUCCGUGAGUUGCCACCGCGCCAUGAACACCCACCUCGACGCGUUAGUAGACAGCAACGUCAGAAUUGUGCUUCUAUUUCGCCCUGGCAUCGCUCCGAGCAUGGGUCACCGCGGAGCAAAUCUAGUGCAAUGA